AUUGCGAUGAAUAGCUGUCAUGGCAGAUGCCGAGACCUCUGCACGUACAGAAGAGGAAAGACAGGAGCUGGACCUGUGGGAGUACUUGGAGGUGUUUCCCGAAGACAACAAGGAUGUCACUGCUCUGGGGCUUCCACCAACCGCCCGCUAUCCGGAUAUUGAAGGAUAUCGGGCAACUCGCGAGUUGCAGCUCAACUACAUUCUGUCAAAGCAGCUCAACGAGGUGGAGCACUUACGGAAAAUGGCUUUACGAACCUUUGAUGACGACUACUGCACCUCACUUCAUUCGAGCCGGGAGAUUGACCGUUUGAAUUUGUGCCCUCCACUGUUUCAAAUGUUAACGCGGAAAGAACUAGAAGAAUCUCAAGGGGAAAGUCCGGGUGAAGAUGGAAAUUAUCCCUUCCAAUCCUCCUUGAUGGAUUUGAAACGCUGGGUGGAGAAAGAAGCCAGUGGUGGGGAGAGCGAGAGCCGGACACGACCUGGGAUAUCAGCACAUAUGCUGAAUGUGUUAUAUGAAAAACAAUAUGAGCUGAUGCGAAUGAAGCAGUCUCGGACACUCGACGAAAUGUUUGAACGGCAAUGGCGAGACGGUCGCAAUAUCAUGAUGCAGCAGAACUUGAAAGCCGAUCGCACCUGGAAUUACGUUGCGUGGGAAGGGCCGCUUGAAGAAGAGAAGCAAGAAAUUAAUCGAAAAUGGGCCCAGUCCAUUGCUGACGUUCAGCUACUUGGGCGAAUCGAGGGCACGCUGGAUAUACCAGUAAAGCGCAUCUAUAUUUCAAAAACGAUCCCGUUUGAUCCAAGAGACACGCGGAACACGGACUUUCUAAAGCGAUGGUGUCACGAACCUUGGCCGAAAUACAUUGUGCGUGUGGCCAAACCGGAUAAAGACCAAUAUGAAAGAUUCUAUAAUCUGAUGGCCUUUAGUCGUGGUCAACGGAAGGCUCACGUUGCGGAUCUAGACGAUGUACCCCCAGGUCAAAAAAGCGCCCGGCAGAUGAUCAUGGUGCCUUUGCACUUCGUGCGACGUCCGUUAAAAUAUCACCCCAAUUUAUCAAAGAUUCUCGAUUCGUCAAGUUACACAUUUUUGGGCAUCUUGUAUACCCGACAAGGUGUGCCUCAAGGAGACCAGGUCUUGGAUUGCUGGGGCUUUGAUCAGUACGCGACAACUCCACUUAACAAGUCUGAUGGGAAAGUUCCCUGGGAGGCUAGCUCGGAUUCGGCCCGUUUUGGCGUACUCGAGUCCGUACUACCUCACCCACCUGGACAGCCAUUACUGGCCAUUAAUACCCAUGGAUCACAAAGCGCUAUAUUACCUCCGCCUGCUUUGGGGGCCUCGUCCGGCUUGCCGAACACACCCAUUGGCGUCACUCAUUUGACGACAACCCUUCCUUUUGUUGCGACUUCCUACGCGACACCAUUGCAAAUGGCUUCAAGGGACGUACCGGAGCUCGUGGCACCCAAAGGAUUGACCUCUAUAGUAGCGGCACAGCAAAGCCUUCAACAACAGGCCACACGACUGGAAAGCGACAUUACUGCACUAGAAGCAAUAAUGAGAUUUGCAACAGGUCCAGCAGAUUCUGAAAGUCAGAAUAAAAUGAAAGCAAGUUUUGCGACCAAACAGAAGGAAUUGGAGAGUGUACGUGAGGCGCUGCAAAACAUCGAAAAUGGACACGGGGCUACGUCAAAGUUCCCACCGGCCAUAUCAACCGCAAGUGAGAAUCCGCAGCUACCUCAAGCAAUGAAAGGAACAGCAGGACCGCUAUCUCCAGCAACGGCACCUAACAUGAACAGUAUAGCGUCCACGUUGUUGGACCAUCUCAGGAGGACCGGAGUGCUGCAACCUCGUGAUCCCCGAUUACAAGCACAGCCUGCACCACCGUCCGGGGGGACGCACGAGGGACACCCAUCCUGAUUUUUUUCUUCUCAGCGGUAUUAUAAAUUAGCAUAUUUGUGUAUAUUUCUUGUAUAAAUGUGUAAUAUCAGACCACUCGACGUGCAAUGAGAGCCUAAGUCAC